GGCCAAAUCCGCCCUCAUCACUAUUCGUGGCGGAAAUGCUCGCUCCUCCGUUGCGCGGAUCUCCAAUUCCAAAUACACGGCGAUUGUGUACGGUGGGCAGGGAUGUGUGAAGAGGUUGUGGGUAGGAGAUCACGACUCUUUGUUAUUGCAAUCCAACCGUGCUUGGCUCUUCGCCUCUUCCUUCCCGCUUUUCCUUCCUUUGUAAAGUCUCCUCUCUUUCCACUGGGUUUGCUACCCUCUAACAAUACUCAUCUAGGCCUCUAACAAUACUUGUAAAAGAGGAAAAGUUGAUUGAAUUUGGCACUAUAACUACAUACAAGCAAGAGAUUGAGGGAACUUGGAAGGAUGGCAUACUCAGGUAUGGCCGGUGCACCAGGACUAGUAGGGAUGUCGACGCCGGCAACGUCAACAACAACCAGGCAGGUGAAGCUGGACAAAGAGAGCGAACUUAGGAUCGAAGUCGGUAUGGAAAUUCCUCUCCGCCUCCGCCUCCUCACUGGCACUGCUGAAAUUUUUGGCACUGAACUUCCUCCUGAAAUUUGGCUCUCUUUCCCUCCAAGACACAAGUUCGCGGUUUUUACUUGGUAUGGUGCCACAAUCGAAAUGGACGGGAUUACUGAAACUGAUUACACUGCAGAUGAGACACCUAUGGUGAGCUAUGUAAAUGUUCAUGCUGUACUGGAGGGGAGAAGAAAUCAUGCUAAAGCAUCUUCAUCCACCGAUCCUGAUUCUUCUCAGGGCCCCAGGGUGAUAGUUGUAGGACCUACAGAUUCUGGAAAGAGUACAUUGUCAAAGAUGCUUCUUAGCUGGGCAGCUAAGCAGGGUUGGAAACCUACUUUUGUGGAUUUAGAUAUUGGUCAGGGAUCUAUAACCAUUCCUGGUUGUAUUGCUGCAACUCCAAUUGAAAUGCCAAUAGAUCCAGUAGAAGGAAUUCCUCUUGAAAUGCCCCUUGUUUACUUUUUCGGGCACACAACACCCAGUUUAAAUGUAGAUUUGUACAAAGUGCUUGUCAAGGAGCUUUCUCAGAUCCUAGAGAGACAAUUUGCUGGCAAUGCUGAAUCUCGAGCUGCAGGCAUGGUGAUAAAUACCAUGGGAUGGAUAGAAGGUGUUGGUUAUGAGUUGCUUCUUCAUGCGAUUGAUACAUUAAAUGCCAAUGUAGUUUUGGUUUUGGGUCAGGAAAAACUUUGCAGCAUGCUUAAAGACGUACUUAAAAACAAGCCUAAUGUGGAUGUUGUGAAGCUUCAAAAGUCAGGUGGUGUUGUGUCCAGGAAUACAAAGUUUCGUCAGAAGACCAGGAGCUACAGGAUAAGGGAAUAUUUUUAUGGCCUUGCAAAUGAUCUUUCCCCACAUUCAAACAUUGCAAAUUUCAGUGAUUUGUUUGUCUAUAAGAUUGGUGGUGGGCCCCAGGCACCACGUUCAGCUCUUCCAAUUGGUGCAGAGCCUGCAGCAGACCCUACACGAUUAGUUUUGGUGAAUAUCAACCGUGACCUGCUACAUUUAGUUCUUGCUGUCUCAUUUGCCAAAGAACCUGAUCAAAUAAUCUCCAGUAAUGUUGCUGGCUUUAUCUAUAUCACAGAUAUUGACAUCCAGAGGAAAAAAAUUACGUACCUUGCACCAUCUGCUGGGGAACUACCGAGUAGAUUCUUGAUAGUUGGUAGUUUGACAUGGCUGGAGACCUAAAAUCUCUGGGAAUGGCAAAACCAAUUUUUCAGCUACGACCUUGGUGUCAAUUGUUCACUAUUAAUUGAUCUCUUCUUGUGCUAGGCAGCUGGUACCCCCUUUCCUCUGCUUUAUGACAGUAUUUUUGAUCGUGUAGUGAGACUUCAACCAUGAAAGGCUUUAGCCAGUGUAAGCUGGACUUGUUUUUGGUUGCUUGGCGGUUCAUCUUUGGCUUGUACCUAUAGACUGAUUUUACUAACUAACAUCCAAGGUAUCUGUAAAUAUUUUUCUGAUAUGUAUUUGCUUUCCCUGCUAUCAAUUUUCUUUA